AUGGUGGUCAUAAAGAGUUUGACAGGAUCUCAAGAAGAUAGGAUAAUCAUAAGCCAAUUACUGGAUGCUUUGAUAUGUGACAUACUUUGUCAUAUUUCAACUAAGGAUGCUGUCAAAACAAGUGUUCUGUCCAAGAGAUGGAAAAAUAUUUGGCAACAGGUUCCUGGAUUGGACUUAAACUCCGAAGAAUUCGAGAAUCUCAGUGGGUUUUUUAGUUUUGCUAACAGUUUUUUUGAUCUCCAGAGGGGGUCAUUGAUACGGAAACUCAGUUUACAUAUCUCUGGAUGGGGUCAUGAUGGUUAUCCCUCUUUUCCUAACCCAUGGAUUGAUGACUCUCCGACCAUGCGCAAUAUUCAGCAUCUUGAUAUUCGUACUACUGCACUUUCAAGUAUUACGGUGCUACCACUGAGCAUCUAUACUUGUAAGACACUUGUGCACUUACGACUCCGUUGGGUCACCUUAGUUAAAACUGAGUUUGUUUCCUUGCCUUGUCUUAAGAUCCUCCACUUAGAACAAGUUAUGUAUCUCAAUAAGGCCAAUUUGGAGAAACUUAUCUCAGGCUCUCUACUCUUGGUUGAUUUAACGCUCAUAUCCUUAUCAUCGCCUAAAGAUGAUCAAAAGGUUUGGGAUCUUCUUCUUCUUCUUUUCAUUGGCAUUUGUUUUUAUAUAAUGAUCUCCACAAAGACCUUGAAGUAA